AUGUCGUCCUUCAAACGCGCCAGAUCUCCUCAACGACAAGACGACUCACCCUCACCCUCACCGACGCCCUCGCCGACUUGCAAGGCCGCGCGGACGAGCGCGACGCCUCCUCCGGGCGCGGGCGAACCAUCCACCUCUAGCCACAUUCUCUGCACAUUGCCACCAACGUGCAAUCCGCCGAACCGCCCUACCUCGCUGGAGGAUACACGCGAUCUUGAGGCUCACUAUGCAAUGUACCACGCGCAUGUCUGUGAGGAUCAGGGUUGUGGGUGCGUGUUCCCCGACGCGCGGCUACUCGAACUACACCAAACAGAAUGUCAUGACCCACUUGCCGCAGUACGGAGAGAGCGCGGCGAGAAGAUUUUCGCAUGUCACUUAGCCUCGUGCGCGCGCCGCUUCUCCGCGCCCAAAACGCGACGGCUGCACCUCAUCCAGGCGCACGGGUAUCCCAAAGAAUACUUCUUCGCGGUCACGAAUAAAGGCGUCGGUGGCCUGCUGAAGCGAUGGGGUGAGGGCGCGAGCCUGUUGCGCCGCCCGUGGCAGCCGCGCGAGAACGGGAACGGGGGUGAAGACGAUGAAGACGACGACGAAGGGACAGAGACGGAUGCGACACAAGUACAAGACGCGAAUGGGGAAAGGGUCUUGUCAGACGACGACGAAGAGCAAAUCUUACUAGAAAAGAUGCCCGUGGAUCGACCUCCGCGCGCGAAUACCACGGCAGCGAACGGCCCUUUUACGUCUCCCGCCAAGGGCAAGGGGCGGGAGGCGCAACCCUCCGAGGAGGACAACACGCUCGCGGACGCCAUGGACUCCCUUUCGCUCGUCCCAUCUUCAGUCCAGUUCGGACGCGGCGCAAAACGCGGCGGGCGCGGUCACGUGGUGCGUGGCGGCGGGGCGCGCGGAGCAGGGAGAGGAGCAUUCGCAAACGGCGGAGAGGGCAUGCCCAUGCAACUCGACUUCCGCCCGCCAAACGUGCGCGGGCGGGGAAGAGGCGCGGGACGGGGCUUCCACGUCCCGCGCGGGGGCGGGUUUUCGAGAGGCAGGGGAAACGGGCCUCGUGGGUUUGGGCGGGGGGCGAUGUUGGGUGGAGGAGCGGUACGGGGAGCGGGUCCUGGGCGGGGUGUGGCGAAGGGGAACACGAAUGCGUGAGGGGUGUUGAGCAGGUGCUCAGGCUCAGAGAACAUGUUGACAGUGUCGAUCUACGUUGUACGCUUGGUUAAGGGUGUUGAGUAGCGUCAGUGGUGCUCUAGGGAGGUUGUGUAAGGGUGCGGAACAGAAGCUCGAUUAUGUUAAGAUAAUCAGCUCGUCAACACCAUACGCUCAAGGCUAAGCAGUCAAUAUACG